UAAAAAGGAUAGGAAAUGGAGUGGCAGUGUUUGCUACUUUUGUGGACAGUGCUUGUAGCUCUUGCCGUGUUCCUUGUUCUCAAUGAGGUGCGUCGAUUGGUAUUCCCGUCGCACCGCUUACCUCCAGGACCUGUCCCACUGCCCUUCUUAGGCAAUUUGCUUAAUGUGAACUUUAAGGAUCCUGGUAAAACUUUCAGUCAGCUUGGAGAGAAAUAUGGUGACAUCUCCACAUUCUAUAUUGGUCGCUCCCCUGCUGUGAUCUUAAAUGGGAUACAUACAAUUAAAAAUGCAUUCGCACACCAACCCAUUGAAUUUGCAGGAAGACCUAGUAUGCCGCUGUUGGAAUGGAUUAUACACGGACUAGGAAUUGUGAUGGCUCCAUAUGGCAUCUCCUGGAAACAGCAAAGAAAGUUUGCACUGACAUCCCUUAGAAACUUUGGUGUGGGAAAAAAGUCUAUGGAGGAACGGAUUUCUGAGGAGGCAGUUUUCCUAAUUCAUGGUAUUAGAGAUGAAGCAGGUAAACCAUUUGAUCCUCACUAUAUAAUCAACAAUGCUGUUUCGAACAUCAUUUGCUCAAUUGUUUUUGGGAAUCGAUUUGAGUAUGACAAUGCCAGGUUCCAGCAUUUACUUCACCUCAUUGAUACCAACAUGAAAUUGGCUGGUGGUGUUUUUGCACAGGUAUUCAAUACUUUCCCAUUCAUAAAAUAUCUUCCUGGUCCACACCAUAAAGUAAAAAAUAAUGCAGAAGAUGUUCUUUCCUUCAUCCAUGAAGCAGUUCUUGAUCACAAGAAAACCCUCAGCAGAGACCAUGUUAGAGAUUUUAUUGAUGCAUAUCUUUUAGAAAUGGAAAAGCAAAAGUCAAACUCAGAAUCUACUUUCCAUAAUGAGAAUCUUGCAGUGUCUACUGCAGACCUUUUUCUGGCUGGUACAGAAACAACAUCAUCUUCAUUAAGAUGGGGACUUCUUUAUAUGGCAGCAUAUCCUGAGAUCCAGAAAAGAUGCCAGCAGGAAAUAGACAAUGAUGUGGGAAGUGAACAUCUCCCAGUCUGGGAGGACCGGUUGAAGAUGCAUUAUGUCAAUGCUACAGUUCAUGAAAUUCUGCGGUUUGGAAAUAUUGCACCAUUAGGAGUAGGCAGAGCCAUUGCAAAAACCUGUAGUUUUGGUGGUUAUGUUCUACCCAAGGGAACUGCUGUUAUUGCGAACUUGACUUCUGCACUGUUUGAUCCUGAGCACUGGAAGUUCCCAGACCAGUUCAAUCCUGAAAACUUCUUGGAUGAAAAGGGAGAAUUUUCCAGGUCAGAUGCUUUCAUUCCUUUCUCUGCAGGACUGCGUGUGUGCCUUGGAGAACAACUUGCACGGAUGGAGCUGUUUUUGUUCUUCUCCAGCUUGCUUCAGCAUUUGGACUUUAUCUGGCCAGAUCCAGUGCAUCCACCAAAUUUUCAAGAUGAAGUUGGUUUGACCCGGACCCCAAAGCCAUUCAAACUGUGUUGCCAAAUUCGACCCACUUCCUUUCUACAAAAAUAAUUAGACUGGAAUAUUUCAUUGAGAUUCAUCUUUUUUUUUCUUUUGUAAGCUGGACUGCACGUAGUGGUACCUGAAUAAUGCAUAGAACUGUUUGCCUGGGAGCAGAGAGAUACAUCCUGCUUUUCUUACCUUGUAUACCUUAGUAUCUUAGUUCAAUUUCCUGCCUCUUCCAGUCCCAUUAACUGAAAAUGACCGAUAUUAGUCCCCAGAAUAUGUGCAUGAAACUUUCUAUACAGUAAUCAUUGACGCACAAAUUUUGCACUUACUUGGUUUUCUUCAUUACUCCUACAUUUAAUCUUUCUGGACUAUUUACAUUAACACAUUGUUGCUGCACCUUGAACAGGCUUUGCAGUACAGGAUUUCUGCCAUUGGAGUUACCUCUCAGAGUCCUUAGGAAUCCAGACAGUGUACUGACAGAUCUCCUAGCACUGGCCGGUAUAGGAGCUACUGAGGAUUAGAGAACAGUUAAGUCUGGUACCCUAAUACAAGAGUGGGGAGAAGGAAGAAUCUGCAAACUAUAAGCCUGUUAGUCUAACAGAAGUGGCAAGGAAAGCUGUAGUGGAUCCUGAGGGGAGGGUCAGUUUUCCUAGAAGGCAGCAUUCUGCAUUGCAGCCAGAAGCAAAGGUUCAUGGCCAAAAAGAGCUGCCAGACAAGACUAAUCCAGUUUUGUGACUGGGUUACACGUGAACUUAAUGAGGGAAUAAUACUAAGUGUGGGCUAAACGGAUUUCCUAAGGUAUUUCUGGCUUGGUGAUAGCUGGUAGGAAAGCUGGAGAAUGGGAAGAGGAUCAAGACUCAGGAAUGGGAUUACUGUAAGGUCCUUAAGUGGGAUACAGGAGUGUUAUGGUGAGCUGGACAAUGUCAGAAAUAGUGACCUGUGAAGUGCUGCAUAGGCCACUCCUGACUCCAGUGCUUUUUGGUGUGCUUGUUGUCAUAUGCGAGAGAAAAUGGGAUUAUAUCCCUCGAUGCCGACAUGAAGAAAAGAGCAGCAGUGGAGGAUGAGGAAAGAGUCUAGGUAAAGAUUUCAGAGACUGACCAGUCGGGAAGAAAUCUGAGGGAUCAUAAUACUGCCCUUGAGGUCCAUUGCAAAUGUAUAAAGUAUUGCAUGUAGAUAAUAACCCUGCCUGGUGUGGAGUAUCAUCUGGAGGAAAGGAGAGUGAAAAGGAUCUGGGAAUGUUGAUCACACCCGGACUGAAUGUGAGAAUGCAGUGAUAGCAGUUAAGUGUCAUAGACCUAUAGUAGUAGAAUUCAGAAGAAAACCGAUAAGUGUUCCACUGUACUGGGCCCUGGUCAAGCCGUACAUUGAGUAUUCUGCAUAGUUCUCAUAUUAAUAAACUCUCAGUCUUUCAUAGAAGGAAAUUAAUGAAAAGUUGUAAGAAAUCCCCAUCUCUGUACCUCGAGACUGCACUGAAACAUGACAGAAAGAACAUAAGAUCAGCACUCUUAGAAAAUAUAAAGUGGGGUGUAAACUUAAGGUCUUUACAGAUACCAAAGGAAACUACAGCCCUUUCUUUAUGUCAGGAAAUUCAGACGUAAUGUGCAUCAUUGCACUGAAUUUAAACAUAGUAAUAUCACACAUUCUGAUCCCAGAUCUAUAGCCUAUAUAUAAGCAGACAAAUGUAGUGCUCACUUUACCCCACCUACCUGCUUUGUCCUCACUAUCCCUAGCAAUGUAGUUUCUCCUGGAAUUCCUUUGAAACCAGCCUCAGUCUCAGUUAAAGACUAAAAAUAAUACUUCAGUCGAACCAGAAAUCAUAUCAAGGUGCAUUCUCAUUAGUGGUAAUUAUGCACUGUCCAAGCCGCCACUUAAACUGUUCAACCUCAGUCUUUCCUCAUGGUUUGAGCCUGAUGCCUGGAGAAUAGCCACUGUGAUUCCCUUACACAGGUCAUCCCUGUACGGACCUGACUAAUUCUAGGCCCAUUAGCCUCACCAGCAUUAUUUGCAAAGCCAUGCAAUGUGCCAUAACAUAACUUGUUCAUGUGGACAUAGACAACUGAGUUACACCCCCUUCAGUUUUCAUUUUUUUAUUUUUUUUUUUUAGGGCAGGUGUUGUUUCCUGAGUCGAAUAAGCUUAUUUGGAAAGAGGCUGUGGACAGUGAUCCCUCAGUGCACACUUAUAUUGACAUGCCAAGAUAUUUGACAUGAUUCUCCAUACUGAUAUUAUUGGGAAAAAAAAUCAGAUACGCAUAAUGUAAACCUCUAUGUCAUCCACUGGAUUGCAAGUUAGUUGUUCAGCCAAUCCCAAGUUGUGAAAAUUACUGUUUUGCUCUCUUGAGUGUACAAUUGUAACUAAUAAAACCACAGAGUUUAGUGCUGAUCCCUCUCCUCUUUGACACUUAUUUGCAAACAUCCAGGUCAGCAUUCCAAAUGUGUGGUUGACCAUGUUUGCUGAUGACUGCAAGUUGGGGACUGUAUCACUCAUUCACCACUCCUAAACUGCUAGAGUAAGGGCUGGAGUAUCCAUAUACUUAGUGUACCAAAACAGUUUUAAGCUGAGUGCAAGAAAAGCACAGAAUGGUCACAUUCUGACAAAAAGUUUCUUCCACUUCAUACUUUAAAAUUGGUACUGCUCUUUGGACAGGCACAAUCAUAAGACAGCUGAGCACCUAUGCAGACCACUGUCGUGCUAUCAUUAUGUUUCAACCAUAGUUAGGAAAUGCUUCUGUCUGGUCCAUUUAAUUUUCCUGAAGAACUAAUGAAAUUGUCAUACCAUUGUACUCAUCUCUUAUCAUCCCAAUCUUCAAAUACAAUGCCUCCUGUACAAAUUCAAGCACAUUGCUCAACUGAAAAGGCCACAAAGACUUCUAACCAAGAAAGUUAAACAGUUUAAAUCCUCUAACUAUAUCCCAGUUGAUUAGCCCAAUUCUCCUUGUACUCAGUAGCCUACCAGCUUCUCCAUGGUGACCUAUGUCUCACUUUUUGAGCUGCGAAAGACAGAAUCCUAUUAGAUGGACCCCACCUUUUU